AUGUGCAAGGCCAUGGCGAGCACCGAAGCCCAAGACGUGUCCGAAGCCUAUGAGGAGUGCGUGUUCCGGAGGUUCGGAGCCAGUGAAAUGAUCCGUCAUGACCGAGACCCGCGCUUCAUGGGUCGGGUGUUCAAACACUUUCGGGAGAUGCUCGGGAGCAGGCAACGCGCCACUCUAGCCUAUCGCCCCCAGGCCAACGGCCAACAAGAGAGGUCUGUGCAAACGGUGAUCCGGAGUGUUAAGGUACUGUGCGACCAAAGCGACUGGGAUGAGCUAGCCGACAAGAUCAUGUGGGCGCUGAACCCCUCCUUCGACUUCACCCGACUCGACACGCCGUUUUACCUGGUGCACGGUUGGGAUGCCCAAGGUACCGUCGAAGCCAUGAUGGGAGACGUUCCCCGAGACGUGCAGCUCCGGGACGCCCAAGAAUGGCGCACCAAGGUACAACGCCAGGACCUCCAAGAAAAAGCCAAGAAGUGCCGUGCCGAGGACCAUAACCGCAAGUGGAAGCAGCUUACAGACCGACUGAAAGAGGGUUUCGAGGUCGGGAAUUCAGUAUGGUUGUACCUAGCCCGAGUCCGUCCUGGACUCACCAAGAAGCUCGCACACCUCUGGCACGGCCCGUUCCGGAUCAGGGAAAAUGGUAGUGAUUUCCGAUACCGCCUCCAGGUCGAGGGUACGGAAUACAGGUUUCACCCCUGGGUCCACGUCAGCAGGUUGAAGCCCCGAGCCAAGUACCCGGAGCGGCCCUCGGAAACCAUGGACAUCCCCGAGGACGAUGAUUUCGACGCCGGGUUGCUCCGCGCAGACAGUUGGGAAUCUGAUGGGGGUUCCGGGGAAUACGGGGUCGAAGCGAUAUUCGACGUGCGCUGGAUCACCCGGACCCGCACCAACCGGCGCGUCAAGGAACAUCUAGUAAAAUGGAAAGACUACGAGGCUCCAGAUUGGAUUCCCCAAGGACGUCUCAACUGCGGAAGGCUGCUCUACGAGUUUGACCAAGGAGAGCGGGCCCGCGUGCGUUUCCAGGCCAUGCAGUCUUGUGACGAGCUCCCGGACGAAGAAGUCCGGUAG